GGAGUUGAAGUAGUUUUUGAUUCCGCGGGAUAGGAUGGGAAAUUGUGUGAGUAGGAGCCUCGCCCGUGUGAAUUCCCGCCCAAGGAAGGGGGGGGGGGGGAAGGGGUCGGGCGAAGGCAAGCAGCAGGGUAAGCAACUGGAAAAUCCAAGGCAGCAGAAGCAACCGGUAGAGGAGGGGGAACAGGAAAGUCAUCCGGACGAAGGAGGAGGAGGAGGAGGAAGGGGUGAUGGUCGCUUCGUCGGCAUUCCCGAGGAGGAGAAGACAAGGGGGCGAGGUGCAGUGGGAGGAGGAGGAAAAGGAGAAGGACAAGGCGCCAAAGGAAAGACGAAGGCAAGUAAGCGCGCCGAGGACGAGAAGACAAGGCGGGAAGCCGUAGCAGUAGUAGUAGGAGGCGGUGCGAAGCCGGCUGCGGCGCAAAGCUACGUCCCUGACGACGACUACGACGACGACGACGCCGAAGAAGAAGAAGAAGAAGAAGAAGAAGAAGAAGAAGAAGAAGAAGAAGAAGCGCGUGAGAGAAGGCCGGCCGCUGACGUAAGAGAAGAGGAAGAAGGUACUACCAUGGGGAACCGCUCCUCGCGGCACAAUGCCUCCAUGCAAGCUCGCCCAAAUUCUGACCCUGGGCCCGGGACCAGAGUUAAGGUGAAACCUUCGGUAACUAAGCGGCCCAGCUUGACAUCGAAUGUGCUCGAUGGAGACAGGGAGGAUCUGAAAAGCCUAUACAAUGUGACUAGAGAGUUAGGUCGAGGUCAAUUUGGCGUGACGUACAUGUGUACGGACAAAAGGACCGGAGACCUGUACGCAUGCAAGACGAUAUCGAAACGGAAGUUGAGAAGAAAGGAUGAUGUGGAGGAUGUCAGACGAGAGGUGGCGAUCAUGCACCAUCUGACAGGACACAAGAAUAUUGUGGAGUUGAAGGGAGCGUACGAGGACGCAAAUGCGGUGCACCUGGUCAUGGAGUUGUGCCAGGGGGGAGAGCUGUUCGACAGAAUCGUUGCCCGACAUCAUUACACGGAGCGGGCAGCGGCGCAGAUCUGUCGGACGAUAGUGCAAGUGGUCGAGAUCUGCCAUUCUCUCGGUGUCAUGCAUCGGGAUCUCAAGCCGGAGAACUUUCUGCUAAGCAGCAAGCGUGAGGACGCCGACCUAAAGGCAACGGACUUCGGGCUAUCAGUCUACUUCAAGCCGGGGCAGAAAUUUACAGAUAUUGUCGGGAGUGCGUAUUAUGUGGCGCCCGAGGUUCUUGGCCGUAAUUAUGGUCCUGAAGCUGAUGUGUGGAGUGCUGGGGUCAUCCUGUAUAUCCUUCUCUCUGGGAUGCCUCCAUUCUAUGCUGAGAGUGAGCAGGGCAUUUUUGAUGCCAUUGUGAAGGGCCAUCUUGAUUUCCAGUCAAAUCCAUGGCCGAGCAUCAGCUCUGGUGCGAAAGACCUGGUCCGGAAGAUGUUGACGCAGGAUCCGAAGCAAAGGAUCUCGGCCCACGAAGUCCUUCGUCAUCCGUGGAUCAAGGUUGAUGGUGAUGCACCUGAUAGGCCGCUCGAUAGUGCUGUGUUAACUAGGCUGAAGAAGUUCGCUGCCGCGAACAAGUUGAAGAAGCUUGCACUGAAGGUUAUUGCCCAGAAUAUGUCGUCCGAGGAGAUAGACGGUUUGAAAGAGAUGUUCAGGGCUAUGGACGUUGAUGGCAGUGGGACAAUCACCUAUGAAGAACUCAAGGCAGGCUUAGCAAAACAGGGCUCGCAUUUGUCAGAGCCCGAGCUCAAAGCCCUUAUGCAAUCGGCGGAUGUGGAUGGAAAUGGUACCAUCGACUACACAGAAUUUAUUGCGGCAACAAUGCAUCUAAACAGAUUCCUGAAGGAGGAACACAUCGUUAGUGCCUUCAUUCAUUUCGACAAGGACAGAAGCGGAUUUAUCACCGUUGACGAGCUAGAGGCUGUGCUGCUGGAGAACAAGAUGGGCGAUAAGAGUGAGAUUAAGCAGAUUGUUCAAGAGUGUGACACAGAUAGAGAUGGUAAAAUUAAUUAUGAGGAAUUCCUCAACAUGAUGCGUGGCACUGAGCCUCAGCAAAGGCGGAGGUAGGACCGGAUCAGCAAAGGCGGAGGUAGGACCGGAUGAAUUUGGGCUGGUUUGGCAGAAUUGUUCAUUGCUCGAUUGGCAUUUUUGUGCCUAAAGUGGGGCUGUCUUUGUGGAUCAUUCUGGUGGAAGACGGCGACAUUCUGCGACUAAGUCACAUCUUGGCUGGCUGCAUAAGCGCCGGCAGUGCCUCCCACAGCAAGCACAGCCUGUGCAGUUGCUGGGUUUCCGACGGAUUCCAGCGAACCAUGAAUGGGUUGGUACCCCUAUCACCGGUGUGGGUAAGCUGAGCGUUUGCUGCAUCGACCAUGUGUCCUGAUGGAAGCAGCUGUUCGCUUAGUCAAUGGACCAUGUGGAAUGUCGGACAGUAUGUAUAGCGGUCAGAGCGGCAUCAGCAAAUCUUGAAGCAUGUGGGGCUGGGUCGCUUUUGCACACUGUCACUGCGAUGACGUAACUGGAUUUCGAUCGUGUUGUGUCACGAACGAUGCUCAGGUAGAAAACCUUGAUUACUGCGGGCCUACGGCGGUACUCUUUUCUUAUUGCUGUUAAUCUGCGAGAUCAAGACAAUCCCGUUGGUUGUUCCACGCUGGAUCUUGAUCUGCAAUUUUUUUUCUCGGUAGGUCUGAACAGAAUUAAAUUCACGCACACAAAGUCUCUAGUGUGUUCUUUGGAUAUGGCUGGCUAGGAGAGGGCAGGGGGAAGACUUUGGUGGGUGGGUUUGUUGCAGCCACACCCAGUGGCACAGCACAGGCAGCAAGCUUGGUCUGCUGGCUGUUUGUGCUGAUGAAUUCCCUGCUUCAGAGGCUCUUGUUGCAUUUGCCGAGUUUGUCUAAGAAAGGGACGGACUUGGAUUGUUUUUGCUUGUCGGUUCGCGCGGAAGUGUACGAUGGGGUAAUUGGUUCUUUGGGAUGGUUUUUGUGCUUUCUGUGGCAGUCGGGGUGAAACGUUGAAAAACGUUUUUUAUUCGUAAAUAAUAUAUGCUAGACAAGUAUUAGCCUCUGUUUGCCGACCGCUUAGUAUAUAUUUGUGUUACGUGUAGUUUUUUGGAAACAAGGAUGAUCAACGAUAAUCUCCGCUGCCGAUUUUCUUGGAAUCGGGCCCUGCAAAUGUAAGGUAAGGGGGUCCGAACCCCUCUUCUCCUGCAAAUGGGUGCGCACUCUCGCAUUAGCCUUCUGUGUAUUGGUGUUUUACUAAGCCUUCUGUGGAAUUCCUUUUGGAGGCGCGUUCUGUUGAAGGUAUCUGGGCGUUCAGUGUGGCCAGGUACCUUGGUGUUUUUAUAAUCCUCAUUGUGGAGGGAGCACCUUUGUUGGAAGCGGCCUUUGUGUUUCAGAGAGGUCUGUGUAAUGUAAAUGGUGUUCACGAACUUCACGUUUACGAUUGAUGGGGUGGAUGAUAUACGAUAUGUAUGGGAUCUUGAUUUUUUUUUAUUUUUUUUUUAAAGCUGUUAUGCUGAAUUCAGAGGCAUCUAUGUAUUGCUCUCUUUACCUCAAGUAAGUACAGUCUCUUUAUAUGCGCUCUCUUCUAUAUGAUAUUCUAAGCCCAAUUUUCACUGUUUUCGAAGGCAAUUACGGUUGGUUGGAUGAAUGUUGUUGUUUUGGUGCGCCUCGAAGCGGGGACGAGUCCAGCCAGAUUAUGUGCCGAAGAGAUGUGCCUUGUUUCUGCAGAAUAUAGAGUGCCUGGUGGGUAGAACCAUUCCGAAGAGAUGUGCCAAGUUUCUGCAGAAUAUCGAGUGUGCCUGGCGGGUAGAACCACUCUGAAGGUCGCACGUGAAGAUUGAGUCUGCAGUGCGCUUCAGGUGUGUUAGGUCGUACGAGAAGAUUGAGUCUGCAGUGCGCUUCAGGUGUAUUGGACUUAAUGAGGUAAACUCGAAGUCGUCGCUGUGUGGAAGGCAAAGUGAAUGUGCCGCACAUAGUCCUCUUCUUGUUAUCAAAUUUAUGGCCCAGAGGUCCGAAAAAAGAAACAGUGAGUUUCAUAAACUUUUAUUAUUUACUUUGUCAGAGAUCUUGGUGUUGCAGAGAGCCUGAGAAAGGAGAGAAGAAUGUUCCGUGCAGGUCCGUGUUGUAGUUUUCUGAUGUCUGCGACAGAUUCCAGCUGGAUUAUUCGGGGGAUGGUAGGUCGAUAAGGAUUUGAUUACAUGUGUAGAGGAGGCUGGGCAGAGACACGGGCUGCAUAUUUACUUUGCGGGCAGGAGAGUGGUGGAUGGCCAUUUUUCUCAAGGAUUUGAUCUCAUGUGUAGAGGAGGCUGGGCGGAGACAGAGACAGGCUGCAUGUUUACUUUGCAGGCAGGUGAAAUGAACCAAGUACUCGUCAAGUCCAACCUCGCAUACAUCAAUGAACAUUCACACGAGAGUUCACACGUGCGAAGCCAGAUCGAGAUACAAUCAACACUUGAAGAUGUCGUCUCCAAUAUUAUUAUCAAUAUACAAGAAUGUUCGUCUCCCAGGGCUCUGCCGCACACACACCCACAACGGAUCUCAACCAGAUAGCUGCUCUGGCUUCUCCCCUCUCCUCUCUCUCUCUGACUUGACUGGCUCUGCCUCACUCCCUCUUUUCUCCGUACCCUAGAUCGUUACCCUGGAUACACCCACUCAGGUAGCUUACACCUUGGUGGCUAUGGCCGCCGUCCUCCUGCUCUACCGCUAGCCUAGCUAUGGAGUAUCUCUCAAGCGCCCUCUUCCUUCAUCGGGCGCACCCUGCCCAAGUUGCCUUGACGCACAAGCAGCGGCAGCGCUUUCACAUCUCACAACUGAAGAAGUGAUGAGCCGCUGCACUGUAGCAGCUAAAUAUAGGACUUGGCUUCGCUGGGCUUGGCUUGGCUUGGCCCGCUAAAGACCGGUGCCGGUCGGCCGCGGCCUGUCUGCUGCAAUCAUUUUGUCGGUCCGGUAGCUUCCGGACAUUCCUGGGACAUGCUGCAAAAUUGGACAGGGGACUGUCGGACUGGACUGGACGCUUCUGGACUGUUCUUUCUUGUCGGGUACCGGACGGACUCCUACCGACCUACGAUGUUUCGGUACUGACACGGACCGACUACGACACUUUUCGCCUCUGGCCACUACGGCCUACCCUACCGGACGGCCCUGGGACUUGGGAUUCGAUCGGGACCCUGGGACUGGGACUGGGGUGUCUGCAGCACGAAUCCUUUCACAGGGAGGUGAGUGGCGGCUUGCUAUAUUUUUCUUAUUUUUUUUCUUUUGCUCUGUCAUGCACUUGGAAAUGUCGCACUGUACUGGAUCUGGCAUUUUUGUGAAUAUUGCUGAGUUUUCCUUCCGCCUGGCUUCGCUGUGGGGGCAAGGCAAUGGGUGUGCUGCUGUCUUGGGAUUGCGGAACAGCUCGGGGAGAAGGUAGGUAGUCAAUUGGGAUCGUGGAACAGCUCGGGGAGGAGGGAGGUAGUCAGUUGAACUUGUGUGCACAGCUCUAGGCAACAGUAUAUCUCGGAAUAUUGUCUUUGGGAAUUUCCUAAAUUUUAUUUUUUCUUCGUGGGGGCUGGAAGAAUGCUGUCAUCCCAUGAUGAAUGAUGCUUAGAUGCGUCCUAAUCUUUUUUCUUGGGGAGUGUACGACAGGCUGCCGUAAUCCCAUGAUGUUCAGAUGUGUUACGGUCAGAAAUGCCAUAUAUCUUGUGUGCGCAGCAAAUCAGGAAUGAAGUGGUAUGGAUAAG